CGCGUCCGGAGACUGCAGCUAGCGCUCCCCGGCUGUCAGCUCCACUCGCCCGGCGGCCAGGAGAGCCGGGGCCGCGCAGGUGACCCUCCCCAGCGCCGUCAGCGGGCCACCACCGGCCUCCGGACCGCUUUUGCCCCACGCCGGCCUAGUCGGCGCCCGUCAGAAGAGGUCGCCUGCUGACACUGCCCCCGGGAUCGCCAGCAGUGCCCUGGCGGCCGCGGGAGCCGAACCCCGGCGCCGACCGCGGCCGGGAGUGGGCGGAGGGGAGCGUCUCGGAGCCGCACCGCGGGGCGAACUGCCAGGGAGGAGUUGGAAUUCAGAGAAGAAGAAUUUCAUCCAGGCUUGAGCUAAACUCUGAAAAUCAGUAGUGUGUGUUGGCAUGUAAGUGGCAAGGACAGCUCCCAGAUGUGAAAAUGAAGAAAGGACUUAACAACUAACAAUGAUGCUCCUGAGCCACGGUUCCUCAGCUGUCAGAUCACGCAAUUUGUGCCUCAUGGUGUACCUGAGUCUAAUGUUCGUCACUUCACACAACCUUCCUGAUGGAAGUUGUAAUUUAAAGAUGACAUUUCGAAAUUUCCGGUUAAUUCUGUCGUGGGAAUUAGAAAAACAAUCCACCGUGCCAACUCACUAUACAUUAUGGUAUACAGUCAUGAGUAAAACGGACGAUAUGGAGAUUAUUGAGAGCUGUACAAAUGUCACCACGCCAUUUUGUGAUGUAACGGAUGUGUGGAAACAAGCACAUGAGACUUAUGUUCUCAAAGUGCAGGGAUUCCGAGGGAAAGCGAUGCUAUUCAACUGCAGCAGCUCCACCUUGUCCUCCAACAUAUUGUAUGAGCCACCGGAGUUUGAGAUUGUUGGCUUUACAGACCGCAUUAAUGUGAUAGUGAAAUUUCCACCUAUUGUUCCCAAGAUUUAUGGGGAAGAAAUACAGCACCAUUUAUUACUUUUCAUCAAAGAAGAGUCCAUGGGGAUUGUUAAGAUGCAUGAACCCAAAAUAAAUGGAAACACCACUGGAAAUUUCAACUAUGUCAUUGACAAUUUAAUUCCAAACACAAACUACUGUGUAUCUGUUUAUUUUAAACCUAAAUAUCUGGAAAACAGAAUACAGUCUUCCUCAAAAUGCACCUUCCUUCGCCUUGACCAGGAAUCAGAAUCAUCCGAAUAUGCCAAAAUAAGUCUGAUAAUCACUGUGUUCUCAGUAGUCUUCGUCUUCCUAGGCACCAUCAUACUACUGAAGAGAAUUGGUUAUAUAUGCUUAAGAGAUAAUUUUCCCAAAGUCCUGAAUUUUCAUAACUUUGUAGCCCAGAUAUUUCCCGGUCUGCCACCAACAGAAGCUGUGAAUGCAGUGGAAGUCAUUUCUGUCAACAAAAAGAAGAAAGUAUGGGAUUAUAAUUAUGACGAUGACAGUGACAGUGACCAUGAAGUGGCUCUCAGACCUAGCGCCGGUGGUUACACCAUGCACGGACUGACCAGCAGGCUUCUGAGCCAGGUCUCUGCUGCCUCCCAGGAGCCUGAGAUGGAAGGCUCUGAAGCUGAGGAAUCUGAUCCAUACGAGGCUGAGCCUGAGCCCCACCCCGGGCCCCCUACGGUGCCAAAGCCCAGCCCCUGCCACACAAGUGGUCCCUAUGAGAGGAGAGAGAGCUUGUGCCAGGACUCUUUUCCUGAGGACAACUGCAGCUCCGCUGGAGGGUCCGGGGACAGGAUUACCUUUAAUGUGAAUUUAAACUCUGUGUUUAUGAGAGCUCCUGAUGACGAUGACUCAGAAGAAUCCCCUUUGGUGUCAUCUCUUCCAGAAGAGAUCAUCAACCUAGAAGAGGAUCCUGACCAAAUGGAAUCCAGUCUUCUGGUGGCGAGUGGGGAAAGGUCACAGUUGCUCGACCUCAGCCCCUUUUCCCAGUGCCUGUGGACUGAGGAAGACACUCCAUCUGAUAGAAGCGAUACUUCUGAUUUUGAUGUUGACUCUGGAAGGGACGGUUAUAUCAUGAGAUGAUUCUGAAUAUAGCUCAUUAACUUGAACAAAGAAGUCCACACAGGGUUCUCGCCCUGUACACAGACUUGUUGCCUUAUGAGCCACAAGUGGUCUGUGAGGAAAGGAGUACAAGGAGUACAGGGGCUGGCCAGUUCUUCCUGAUGACAUAAUCUGUGAGCAUUCCCCGUAAGGGAAUAUAUAGUAUCAUGGAGCACACUGUUUACAAGUCCAAGUGAUACAUUUUGAAGAUGCAUGCCCUGCCUUCUCCCUUUAUUCUAAUAUACUUCUUAGGAAUCUCAUCUUGGUUCCCAGUAAGCAAGAUUCCCUGUGUUCUUCAGGGUGACCUUAUCCCUCUGGCCCUGUAAUGUUUCUGGGAAACAAUUGAAUUGCCAGGAUGGGAGAAGGGAGAAAGAAGGGAAAAUCCUAGCAGGAGCUAUGAGUAGUGUGAGCAGGUAGAGACCCUGAGCCCAGGAAGCUCAAGGAAUGAGCAAUAAACCAGGCUGAAGGGAUGGGUUGGAGCAGGAUUAGCUGGAGAGAAAGGAUGCAGAUGCAUAAGGAAACAAGGGAAGGGCCAGCAAUUUCAGUCAGUGGUCCCUGGGCACCUCUCAGAUGUCAUAUUGUCACCGCCAAGCUGAGAACUCCACUCAGGUGCUCACGCAGCCCUUCCUGGCUCUAAGAGUGAAAUACAGAUAUGCACAUUAAUAACUGUAGUAUCAGGCAGGACACAUUGCAUGAAGGAGAGGGAUAAAAAUCUCAGUGUCCCAUUUAAAGAUCUAAAAAAAGAACAAAAUAAAAAAUGCUUCAAGGUCUUUGGAAGAAA